GUGAUUAUUGGAGUACAGAUCCCAUGCUCCUGACACCAUUUUUGGGACUUUGUUUUCCCAGGACCGCUUCCUUCUGCUCCUCCGCUGCCUACACUUCUCCAACAAUGCGAUGGCAAACAUCAACGACCCCCGGUUACAUGCAGAACAUUAUAAUAUAUACAGGAUCCACCACCGACAUCCAGCACUAUGAAGGCCUUGGAAUCUCUGGGUCAGUUGUUAUGACAUUACUGGCCCCAUACUUGAAAAAGGGUCACAUCCUGUUCGUGGACAACUGGUACAGUAGUCCCACACUGUUCCAGCACCUCCUGUCUCUGGACACAGGAGCUUGUGGGACAGUACGAGCCAACAGGAAGGGAAUGCCAACAUUCACCAGCAAAAUGACAAAGGACCAGGUUGAAUGUAGAGAAAAUGGAACACAACUGGCAGUGAAAUGGCAUGACAAGAGGGAUGUUCAUCUUCUUACCACGGUCCAUCCAUCCACCAUGUCAGCCACUGGAAAGGUUGAUCACAUCACCAAAGGAAGGAAGAUGAAGCCUCUCUGUGUGCAGGAAUACAACAAAAAGAUGGGAGCAGUGGACAAGGCUGACAUGAUGAAAGGCUUUUUUGAUUGUACCAGAAAAACCACCAAAUGGUACAAGAAAGUCUUCUUAUACCUCCUUGACACAGCCAUACUGAACAGCCACAUUGUCCACCACCAACUUACGGGUGAGAAAUUUGCAUAUCAGAUUAAGAACAACAUAGAAUUUACAUAUAAAUAA